GUAAUGUAGCAUUUUAUUAAUGUCGUACGUUACACGUAGUGAAAGCGCGUGGGAGGAAUUUGAUGGUAUGUGGCAAAAGAGUCCACCAAUACCCUCAUUUGAGCCAGUCCAACACGCUAAGCCAACAAAAACUCGUGACGAGCCCCUCCUUAGCUCUCGGCCUAACCAACCCCCCCAAACCCCAACCCAAAAAGCCCCCACCACCACCACCACAACUCACUAACCAAAACCCAUCCCAACAAGAAAAAAAAAAAGAAAAAAAAAAAACUUAGCUCCCUAAACCCCACCUUUCCCAAUUUUGAUGGCUUCUCACCAAGACGACGUCGUUUUGCCCGGAGAAGAAGACCUCGACUCCUCCUCCCAAGACGAGGAGGAAGACGACGUCGUUGAUGAAGAUGAAGACGAUGAUGACGAGGAAAACGACGACGUUUUACCUGAAGCCUCCUCUCCUCCUUCCACCUCUUCCGCCGGGGCUGACCGUUUCCAUGUCGCUGUUGCUGUUCCUCCUUCCUCUUCCAAUUCCGUUACUGUUGCUCUUCCGGCUGUUACAACCAACGGCGAGCCUCUCCAUCUUCAUCAUCGCCAUCCUCCUCCUCCUCCCCCUCCUUCUAGCCUUGUUACCACCGUGAUCGCUGCUGCUUCAGCUGCCGAUCCUUCUGCUGUUUCUGAUCGGCAUGGAAACGACAUCGUCUUGGCUGUCCAACCGGAGGAGAAAAAGCCUGCUGCUUUUGAUGACUCGAGGAAGCUAUUUCAGAGGCUGUGGACUGACGAGGAUGAGAUCGGACUGUUGCAAGGGUUUCUUGACUAUACCACGCAGCGUGGGAAGACGACGCAUCAUGGUCAAAACGACACCGCUUUGUUCUAUGAUCAGAUCAAGUCUAAAUUGCAGUUGGAUUUCAACAAGAACCAGCUCGUUGAGAAGCUUCGAAGGUUGAAGAAGAAGUACCGGAACGUGCUCAACAAAAUCUCGUCUGGAAAGGAAUUCUCUUUUAAAAGCCCUCAUGAUCAGGCCACUUUUGAGAUCUCUCGCAAGAUCUGGUGCGACUUGGGCCGUAUUGGUCCCGAAGAUAAUGCCCUGGAAGACGAAGAUCCAAACCCUAACAAUCCCAAUUUUCACAUCGAGGUCAAGGCCGAGGAUGCCGGGGGUUUCAUUCUCGAGAAGAAAACACCACCGCCGAGGUCUCGUAAGCGAUCACGGCCGAAACCUGCCGUGGCAGCAGCGGACGACCGACGCUGUACGAAUGAUGGCUCGCCUCCGAAAAAGGAUAACAGUUACAAUCACGGCAGCGGCGGCGGCGGUACUGCUAACACCCCCAUUAACAUUAACGGAAAUGUCCAAGGAUUGAUAGAAGAGACCGUGAAGAGUUGCUUAUCGCCAUUAUUUAAGGAACUAUUGGGUAGCGCAAUGGCCGGCAGCGGUCCGGGACCGUGUGCGGCGCCGAGGGUGUUUGGUGGGCUUGCAUUGAAUCCAAUACCGUUGAACUUUGGCGGGUCGUCAAUGAAUUUCGGGUGUGGGGAAGUGGUGGACGAGAAGUGGAGGAAGCAACAGAUUUUGGAGUUGGAAGUUUACUCGAAGCGAUUGGAAUUGGUUCAGGAUCAGAUAAAGACUGCUUUGGAGGAUUUGAGGUCGAGAGGAGGGCCUUAACUCUUCAAAUGGCGAGGUUUUUGGAAUCAAAGAUGACAACUUUGUUGGUAGAGCCUCAGAGGGGUCUUCGAGUUUUUUUCUUCUUCUAAUUUAGCCUUCUGGUUCGUAUAAAUUUCCUCUGAUCACUUAUUAAUGGUUGAUAAUAUAGUGUAGCUUAGUAUUUGAAUUUGGAAUAUUUGUUAUCCUUAAAUUAAUUGAUAAAAACCCGAAAAUCCAAGCUGGUUGAAUAAUGAUUCUCCUUAAUGACUGUGUAGUCAUUUGAUAGUUUGUUUAUAGGUUUUCUUCUUUUUAGAUUCUCCUCGUGACUGAAUAAUGAUUCUUCUUCUUUUAGAUUUGUGUGGAUAAUAGAUAAUUUUAUUGAAACCUUAAUUUUUUCGUUUC